AUGAAAAUCCCAUUCCUCAACAAGUCCAAGACACCGCCAUUGACAGACUUGUCGGGGGAGUCAGCGGUAGAUCGCGAGACUGAGAAGAGAGGCAUCACUCUGGAUGAGUCGCAUGUGCCAUGGGUAACAUGGAGGUCUCUGUUGCUAGGCGCAUUUGUGUCGAUUGGUGGUAUUAUCUUUGGAUAUGAUACUGGCCAGAUCUCGGGCUUUUUGGAGAUGAGAAACUUCAAGCAGCGGUUUGCGCAGCUGAAGCCCGAUGGGACAUAUCACUUCAACAAUGUCCGGUCUGGAUUGAUUGUUUCCAUGCUCUCCAUCGGUACAUUGAUAGGAGCUCUCCUCGCCGGACCAUUGACCGACCGAAUUGGCCGAAAGUGGUCCAUCUUCUUCUGGUGUAUCAUCCUCGAUGUCGGACUGAUAAUCCAGAUCUCCUCACCAGCAGGAAAAUGGUACCAGUUCAUGAUGGGUCGAUUCGUAACCGGAUUCGGUGUCGGUGCAUGCUCACUACUUGUGCCUAUGUACCAGGGUGAGAUCGCACCACGACACAUCCGAGGAGCGAUGGUGUGCUCCUACCAAUUAUUCGUAACAUUGGGUAUCUUCGUGGCAUACUGCAUCAACUUCGGCACAGAGCACAUGGACAGCACUGCAUCGUGGCGAAUCACACUCGGCAUCACCUUCUUGUGGUCUCUCGUCCUCGGAAUCGGGAUCCUCCUUUUCCCGGAGAGUCCUCGCUUCGACUACCGAAAUGGCCGCGUGGACCGCGCACGAGGCACCAUGGCAAAGCUAUACGGUGUACCUGAAAACCACCGGGUGAUCGUGCAUGAGAUUGCCGAGAUCCAGGAACAGCUGGAUGCCGAGCAGGGGGCGCGAGGCGGGCUGCGCGGUUGGGUUGAAAUGUUCAAGGCGCCACGCAUGACGUAUCGUAUCAUUCUUGGCGUUGUGCUUCAAGCUCUGCAGCAGUUGACGGGUGCCAACUACUUCUUCUACUACGGAACGGUGAUCUUCAACGGGGCGGGAAUCAGUAACACGUACGUAACGCAGAUGAUCCUUGGAGGUGUCAAUUUCGGUACCACAUUCGGCGGACUAUACGUGAUUGAGCAUUUUGGACGACGCAAGUCUCUGAUCGCCGGUGGGAUCUGGAUGUUCAUCUGCUUUAUGGUAUUUGCGUCUGUGGGCCACUUCUCGCUUGACGUGGAUACGCCACGUAACACGCCUGGAGCGGGCAAAGCGAUGGUUGUAUUUGCGUGUCUGUUCAUCACUGGGUUUGCCAUGACGUGGGGCCCCAUGGUGUGGGCGAUUGUGGCCGAGCUGUACCCAUCACGAUACCGGGCACGUGCUAUGGCAAUGGCGACUGCGUCGAACUGGCUGUGGAAUUUCCUGAUUGGAUUCUUCACGCCGUUUAUCACCGGUGAUAUUGACUUUGCGUAUGGGUAUGUGUUUGCCGGGUGCUUGUUCUUUGCGGUGAUUAUUGUUUACUUCUUUGUCAUCGAGGGUAAGGAUAAGACCCUUGAAGAGAUGGACAUGAUGUAUAUCAUGCGUGUACCACCGUGGAAGAGUAGCAAGUGGGAGCCGCCGGAGCCGGAGAAUAGGCUCACGACCGACCAGCUUCUGGAUCGGAAGGUUGCGAAGAAGUAUAACAAGGAAGAGGAGAGUUCGGCCAGCAGAAAGGCGGCGGAGGUGCCUGGACAUUCACAUGCUGAGACUGCGGAUGAUGCUGGGACUGGACCUUCUUCGCAUUUCUCUUGA